GGCAUCGACUCCAGGCCAAACCGCCUCGCCCUUUGCUCAAGCAGCGACUGCAGGCCAAGCCGGCUCCGCAUUUGGCGCAGCCUCCGCACUCGGACAAAAGCCAUCACCCUUCGGUCAGCCCUCCGCGUUGGGGAGCAGUGGUAGCGCCUUUGGAAAACCUGCCUUUGGCACCUCCGGAUUCAGCCAACCAUCUAUGCCUGGUGCGGGGAGUGCAUUCGGACAGACUAGUACCAUGGGCACAGGCUCGGCUUUCGGGAAGCCAUCAGCACCAGGCGCAGCAUCCGGAUUUGGACAGACGAAUGCCUUGGGACAGAAGCCAAAUCCCUUUAGUAAGCCUGGAUUUGGGCAGAGUGGUUUUGGCCAGGCUGCACAGCCAGGCGGCAACGCGUCUCCAUUUGGCCAAGCAGCGCAAUCUGGUGCAUCCCCGUUUACUCAGGCAGCAAAGUCUGGAGCGUCUCCCUUUGGACAAGCAGCACAAUCAGGUCCGUCACCUUUCGGGCAGGCAGCACAGUCGGGUCAGUCGCCUUUCGGACAGCAAGCAAGUCAGCCGUCGCCAUUCGGCCAACAGGCUCAGCAACCGUCUCAGGCCUCGCCGUUCGGUCAACAAGCCCAACAAUCACAAAGCCAAAGUCCUUUUGGACAAACCCAGCAAACACCUGCCCAGGCCAGUCCUUUUGCCAAUGCUGCAGCAUCCCAGACACCAGCUUUUGGGCAACCAAGUAAACCAUCGCCUUUUGGCACUCAGCCCACGCAACCUGCCGCAGCACAAUCGCAAGCCGCUAACCCUUUCUCCAAGCCACAGACAUCUGCUGCUCCAGCAAGCACUCCCUCGCCCUUUGCCACCCAAGCCACCAAUACGACCGCACCCACGCAGCCAACAUCACAGCAAGCCCCCGCUGCACAGUCCGCCCCAGCAGCGCGUCCACACGUAGCAGGCGUCACUCCCGACGGCAAACCCAUCGAUGCAAAGGACCGCUACAAGGAAGGCAAGCCCGAAGAGUACGAGGGCGAGCAAGGCAAGAUUCUCGAGGAAAUCUACAGGCGCGUGGCGCAAUUGGGUCGCUUCAAUGAUGACGAGGAUAUCCCCAUAACCCCACCCAAGUGUGAAUGGAUUGCCCCCUUGACGCUGUAA